AAGUAGUCUGUGCUGUGUCUGUGUCUAUGACUAGUACUUAGUUUAUUAGUCAAAGGCGAUAAAUUUCAUCUUUAUAUUUUCUCUCUCAUUAAAACCAUUACUUUAUAUAUCUAUUGCAAGAUAUUAAUUAUAUUAUAGAAAUCGAAUAAAAAUGUCCAGCGAUACUGGAAAAAAUUUUUCUAAUCUCGAAACUCCUGGGUAUGUUGGUUUUGCCAACUUACCAAAUCAAGUACAUCGUAAGUCAGUGAAGAAGGGCUUUGAAUUUACACUCAUGGUCGUUGGAGAGAGUGGUCUUGGCAAGUCUACACUUGUUAAUUCUCUCUUUUUGACGGAUCUAUACCCUGAACGAGUUAUUCCUGAUGCUAUUGAGAAGACUAACCAAACCGUUAAGUUGGAUGCAUCAACAGUGGAGAUAGAAGAACGAGGGGUGAAAUUACGGUUAACGGUCGUAGAUACUCCAGGUUAUGGAGACGCCAUUGAUAAUACUGAUUCUUUCCGCUCUAUCAUACAAUAUAUCGACGAGCAAUUCGAACGGUUCCUGCGGGAUGAGAGCGGCCUCAACCGGCGCAACAUUGUCGAUAACCGCAUACACUGCUGCUUCUAUUUCAUAUCGCCGUUUGGACAUGGCUUGAAACCUCUGGACAUUGAAUUUAUGAAGCAACUCCACAAUAAAGUAAACAUCGUCCCAGUGAUCGCGAAGGCCGACUGCCUCACUAAGAAAGAGGUGCAGCGUUUGAAGACAAGAGUUAUGGAAGAAAUUGAGAGAGAAGGUAUUAAGAUUUAUCCUUUACCAGAUUGUGACAGUGAUGAAGAUGAAGACUAUAAAGAACAGGUGCGGCAGCUGAAGGCGGCGGUGCCGUUCGCGGUGUGCGGCGCGGGCCAGCAGCUGGAGGUGCGCGGGCGGCGUGUGCGAGGCCGAUUGUACCCGUGGGGCGUGGUGGAGGUCGAGAACCCCGACCACUGCGACUUCAUCAAGCUGCGCACUAUGCUUAUAACCCAUAUGCAAGAUUUACAAGAAGUGACUCAGGAGGUGCAUUACGAGAACUAUCGCUCCGAGCGGCUCGCACGCAACGGGCAAGUUCCCAAACGACACACGUCUACUGAAAGCGGAUUGAGCGAGGCGGAUUCCAAUGGACUGACCAACGGAUCAAGUGAGGAUGCCGCUGAACGUGAGCGAGUGUUGCGCGAGAAGGAAGCGGAGCUGCGGCGCAUGCAGGAGAUGCUGGAGCAGAUGCAGCGCCAGAUGCAACUGCAGGCCGCGAGCACUACCACCGCAUAGUGCACAACAGACGCUCAGUUGGAUGCUAGUACGGCGGUGCAGCUCGCGGACGCUUGCGACGUCGUCAACUCAAUACUGCGCGUCAUACCGUACUGUGUUACUUCCAAUUAACUCGUAUAUUAAUUAUAUAAGGUUACUAACCAUACACGCCAGAUUCUGAAAACUUGUUAUAUGAACAUGUAUGGGCGACAAGUUAGUAGUCACCUCUAACGAAGUAUCUGGAUUUAGAUCUAUAUUAUCUAUACUAAUAUAAUAUAAUAGAGAUUAUGAAAAUAAAAUUUUAUGACCAUGCAAACAACUACAAACUAUUAUGUAAACCCUAUUCUGUUGCAAUAAGGCACAAAUUGAAAUGCUGAUUUUAUUUCUGACAUUAAACUAUUAAAUAAACUGUUACAUAGAAGGUUAAUUCGGUAUCAAUAUUAGCAUUUUACUAUUAUAAUUAUAACUAAUCAAAAUGAGAAUAGGAGUAUGAUAAUGACUUGCAUAUGGUUACUUGAAAAGUACAGUUUGCAUGGAAAAUUGAACUUGCUGUAAUAAUAAUUGAUAAUUUAAUUUUUUUUUUUAUAAUAUCAGGCCUAUUGAUGAAAUUGACAUCGCUAGCGACUCCAUGAGAUAGAAUGAAAAGGCAAUGUCCGAUGUCUCACGUUCCAAAUCAUGGAGUCUCUAGCGAUGUCAAUUUCAUUUAUAGAUUUGUUUUCCACUUGUCUAGGGAGACUGUUUGCUUAUGUUAAUUGUUUUGUCAGUUAAGACAACAAUAUAUGACUAAAAGUACGUCCUAUUUUCAUUUUGAUUUGAUAUUACACUGUGCAUGACUACUAAGAAUUGCUACUCUUUCACUUCUACUCAUUCUAUGUGUGACCUGACAUUUGUGGUUUACUUAUACUUUGUAAUGUUUGCGUUGUAAGAAGAAUGAUAUAGGAUGUGGAUUAGCCAUUAUAAUAUUUUGUUGAAAGUAUUAUAUUCAUGGAUUGGCCUAAUGAAUAGAGUUUAGACUGAAAGUGUUUGUCAUGGCUAGGAUGAUGAAAAGUCACGCUUAAAGAAUCUAGAAAACUAUUACUGCUAAGUAUUUUUUUUACACCAUUAUUACGAGAAAUUUGUAAGAUUUUAUUUUAGUAUAUUUUAAAGUAUAUUUAGCAUUUAUAAUCUGUGUGACCAGUCACUAAAUAUGAAAAAAAAAGCAAUAUGUUUAUUUCUUCAUAAUUUAGCUUCAUUAUAUUGUUGAUAAUCACUCGUUAGUAAUACCUAAUUAUGAAAAUAUUUAUAUUUAUAACUAUAAGAAUUCGCAAUACAUUUAACUUUAUUAAUUAUUUGAAAUGUUCCUGUUCGGGUGUUGAUAAAUUCAGCUAUCGGCCACAUUACUACGAUAUCACAAAAUGUCAUCUGUGUUCUAAAUAUACAACAGCGAUAUUUCUGUAAACUGUUUUGUGUAUGACAACGAACAUUUUAUGUAUAUAUAUAUAUAUAUAUAUAUAUAUAUAUAUAUAUAUAUAUAUAAAUUAUAUAAAUUAAAAUAAUUCAUAAUUUAGCAAAUUUCAAGACUCUGUCAUAAUAAAUAAAAAAAUCUUAGUAUACAUUUUUGUACUCUCUUGUCUAUGUUUAUUAAUGUUUAUUUACUUCAACACUAUAUAAUAUGAAAUAAAUCAGAUUUUAGAAAAUGUUGCUAUGGUUCUAGUAUGGAGAGGUCAAAAUUUCUAUUCUAAAUCUCAAAAAAAAAAUCGAAUGACAAGUGUCAAAUGCUCUGUAUCUACAGAUGUAGCGUCCUAUCAUAAUAAUAGCAGGACCGUGACAGUGGAUGCUCAAUGUCUUGCUCUUUUGGACAUGGGCUUUCUACUCGAUGAUUUGUCACAUAUUUAAGAAAGUUAAUGCGUUCAACAAAGGUUAACAUUUGUAGAAAUAGAUCCUUUUGGUCCAUUGGUCGUUGUCUAGCUACGUGUUAGUAGCAUAUUAAUAAGUCUUAGAGUAAAUAUUCCCUAUAAUUAGUAGUGUUAGAAAACUUAAGUCAGAAUCUUUUUUUUUAUCACAUUAAUCCUGCACUUAUGUAGCUAAGUAGGAAUUUUGACACUCAAUAGAUGAUAUAAAGUUUAUAAGAAUUACUCAUACAACAAAAUGUAUCUUCCAAGACUACAGAUGUUUUUGCUUGCUGUUGUCUGGUACAGUCGGCAAAAUAAUUAGAAAAAUAUUUGGUCUAUAGAAAUAAUAAUAAUAUAUGAAAAUCAUAUUCUAAUAACUAUUUUGUGAUUAAAAAUUAAUUAUUUGAUCUACAGAGUGAAAUCGAAAUAAUUUUUAUAUAACAAUGAUGUUGAAAGAUGAUAAUGACUUCGAUUUCAAUCUGUAUAUUUGUCGCUGUCUGUACAAAAAAUAAUUGACAACACCAACUGAACAAUUGUAGAUUUAAUAAUUUCUUGUGCCAUUGAUAUCAAGUCUUUAAGAAGAAAAUAAUAGUCAAAUUAGUAUCAUUAAAAUACGAAUAGCUAACGAAAAUAAGAUUUGUAGUCUCGUAAAUAUGAGUAUGUUAAAUGAUGUAUGCCUAUAAUACGAAUUGUAUUGAAAUAUUGAUAUUUAACACGUACAUUCAUGGACCAUGUUCAUGUGAGAUUAAUGACGAACUCGAAUGUUAGACUCUCAAAAUGUUUUUUAAGAAAUUUGAUUUCAUAUAUUCUACAACGAUGUGGGCACACAAUUUCUUUUUGUAGCGAAUUAUAUUUUGAGUUUUUUGAGUUAACAAUGCAUGUAGUUAACCUUAUUGAAUAAUCUUGACAAAAAAUAAGUUAGAAAUAUAUUCAUGUUUUUAUUAUUUCAUUUAGUUUGUAUGGAAACAAGAAAAUGUCAAUUUAAUUUUUAUUAUUAUAUAUUUCAGUUACUUAUAAUUUUUAUAACAAUUUUAAUUAAUUAUAUUAUUUUAAUCUUAUUUAACCGCAUGUAUUCGUUUUUGUAUUAUCUCGAGUCUAGUGAUGAAAAUUCAAGGCUGAUAUUGCAUGUUUUUUCUAUGGGUAUGUGCUUAGAGUAUUUCUAAACUAUGUUAGGUACUUAAAGAUCUUAUUGAAUUGAGUAUAAUUCCAUAUUGGUGCAUUUAUUUUUGUAUUAUCAAAAAAUAUUAUUGAAUUGGGUAGUUGAACUAUUUAAAUUAUUAUAGAUAUUAAUUGGUGCCAAAGCAUUUAAAUCAUAAGAAAAUCUGGUUCUAAACAUUUUAAGACAAACUUAGUAAUUUUCAGGCAUAUCUGCGAAUUAGAUACCCUAGUAUGCAAUAGAGACGUAAUGUAAUCACUAUUAUAUUUUUUUAUAAAUAAACUUAUACGUAAAACA